GAUUUAGUCUCUGUUGUGAUUAUCUCAGGGUGAGACGAAGACACAGACCUGGACAGUUUGACGCCACAGAUUAUGGACUCUACGGGAAGCCAAGAACCUGCAAAGGAGCCCAUCACUGACAAGAACGGAAAUGAGCCAAAGCCUGGAGACCUGAUUGAGAUUUUCCGUAACGUUUAUGAACACUGGGCAGUGUACGUUGGUGACGGCUACGUUGUCCAUCUGCUGGGACCGGACGGAAAUUUCUCGUCGUUCAGCACCGUCAACCUUCCAGUGGGGAAGAAUAACAUUCUGAAGCAGAAACUGGUGGAGGUGGUUUCCUCAGACGAGUGGCUCAUCAACAACAUCCUGGACCAGGAGAAGAAGCCGCGCCCCGCCCACGUCAUCGUGGACCAAGCCAACAGCCUCGUCGGCACAACUCGAUCGUACAAUGUCGCCAACUACAACUGUGAACAUUUUGCCACUGAGCUGCGCUACGGAGACGCAGAGUCCCAGCAGGUAGAAGAUGCUCUGAAGAUCGGACUUGGUGUGACUGGAGCCUCUUUGGCUUUGGGAGUCGUGGUCGUAGCUUUUCUAAUCUGGAAGACUAACAAGUCAACCAGUAACUGACAGUGAGAAUCUAUUCUGAAUAUUUUAGGUUAUCAAGCUGUUUCAGUUUCAUCCUGACAAUGGAAACAACAAAUUUCAGAUUUGUUAUGGUCUAUUUGUUACCGCUGAUUCACAAGCGAUCAAUCAUAGUUGUGAUAAUAAAAAUGAAGUACGUUAAACAUUAAACAUUUAUUUUAUGUUCAUAUUUUAAUUUUGAGGAGUGACUCUGGCUCUUUCUUAUUCAACUCAACUCUCAUUAAAAAAUCUAAACAUGCUGCUACUACUGCACUGACCAGUUUUAACCUGCAGGGGGAGCUUAACCUCAUCAGUAAGGUGUAAAGCAAUUUGUGCUAAACAACUGUCCACAUGUUAUUCAGACAUAAGCUGAGAUGAGGUGUACUAUUAACUGUACAACAAUUAUAUAGUCAUAUUAAUAAAUCAAUCAAUUAAUCCAUCACUGAACAAAACACAUUAACUUUGUAGCUAAAUAAACAUGACAUUUAAAAUUGAAAUACUACAUGAGAGAAAUAAAACUUAUUUUAGUUGAGAAAUAUUGGAUAAAUGAAAAGUUUCUUUAAUAAUUUGACAAAUUAGCCUA